CCGGAAGUGAAACUGUGGUCUGGCAAUUGAGGCUUCUGCAAGUCCCGGGAUUGUAGUGGAGAUGCCGGGUGCCGCGGCGAAGAGCUCGGAGCUGUCCGAGAGGAUCGAGAGCUUCGUGGAGACUCUGAAGCGAGAUGGAGGGCAGCGCAGCUCGGAGGACAUGGCUCGGGAGACCCUGGGGCUGCUGCGCCGGCUUAUCGUGGGCCACCACUGGAACAACGCGGGGGACCUAAUGGAUUUGAUCCGCAGAGAGGGCAGGAGGAUGACGGCCGCACAGCCCUCCGAGACCACCGUGGGAAACAUGGUGCGGAGAGUCCUCAAGAUCAUACGGGAGGAGUAUGGCAGACUGCACGGGCGCAGUGACGAGAGCGAUCAGCAGGAGUCCCUGCACAAACUCUUGACAUCCGGAGGCUUGAGCGAGGAUUUCAGCUUCCAUUAUGCCCCACUUAAGGCCAACAUCAUUGAGGCGAUUAAUGAGCUGCUAGUGGAACUGGAAGGCACAAUGGAGAACAUUGCAGCCCAGGCUCUGGAGCACAUCCACUCCAACGAGGUGAUCAUGACCAUUGGCUUCUCCCGAACAGUCGAGGCCUUCCUUAAAGAGGCAGCCCGCAAGAGGAAGUUCCACGUCAUUGUCGCAGAGUGUGCUCCUUUCUGCCAGGGACAUAAAAUGGCUGUCAAUUUGUCCAAAGAAGGGAUCGAGACAACUGUCAUGACUGAUGCUGCCAUUUUUGCUGUUAUGUCUCGAGUCAACAAGGUGAUCAUUGGUACGAAGACUAUCCUGGCCAACGGUUCCCUGAGGGCCGUGGCGGGAACUCACACUCUGGCCCUGGCAGCGAAACACCACUCCACGCCUCUCAUCGUGUGCGCGCCCAUGUUCAAGCUCUGUCCUCAGGUGUGGCAGCCGGUCCCUAUUCGUUCCCCAGUGAAGAAGAUUCAUUUCACAAGUUUGUGGCCCCUGAAGAAGUCCUUCCUUUCACAGAAGGCGACAUUCUGGAGAAGGUCAGUGUCCACUGUCCUGUGUUUGACUACGUGCCCCCUGACCUCAUUACCCUCUUUAUCUCCAACAUUGGUGGGAACGCGCCGUCCUACAUCUACCGCCUGAUGAGCGAGCUCUACCAUCCUGAUGACCAUGUCCUCUGAUGCGGCCUGGCCUGUGCGCCACAGCUCAGACCCAGAGUGGAGCGGAGACCCAGCGUGCUGCUGCAGCGGGCAGUGGAGAGUCGCCUACCUUCCUGCUCCUCCCCAGUGAGGAACGCUCCAGGACUGCUCCUGCCUUCUGGGCUUACCUGAGACGCAGGGCUUGCUUCCCUGGGGAGUCUGGAGGCACUGAGACCAGGCUGUGUUUGUUUCAGGAACUUCAGCCCUCUGGCUCAGUGGUGUGUUGGACAUACCAUGACUACUUUUGCUGGGUUGGUAUUUGCUCAGAAAUGCCUUCCAGACCUUUUCCUAGGCUGCACCAAUAAAGGCUACUGGAAACUC